AUACCCACUACCUUGUUGAUAUUGACCUGUAUCUUGUUAAUAAUGCCCUCCACUAGUUUAAUAAUGCCCUGUACUUCAUUAAUAAUGCCCUCCACAAGGUUAAUAAUGCCCUGUAUCUUGUUGAUACUGCCCUCAACUAGGUUAAUAAUGCCCUGUAUCUUGUUGAUAAUGCCCUCCACUAGUUUAAUAAUGCCCUGUAUUUCAUUAAUAAUGCCUUCCACAAGGUUGAUAAUGCCCUGCAUCUUGUUGAUAAUGCCCUCAACUAGGUUAAUAAUGCCCUGUAUCUUAUUGAUACUGUUCUCAACUAGGUUAAUAAUGCCCACCACUAGUUUAAUAAUGCCCUGUAUCUUGGUAAUAAUGCACUGUAUAUUGUAA